GGGAGAGGGGAUCGGGCCAGGAUUUACGACCUCAGAACCUAUUGGACCGGAAGCGAAGCCUGAAGCCUUGCGUCGGAGGAAGUUGGAACGGAAAUUUGAUCGAUCAGCGUCAUUGGUGGUGUGGUUCCAAAGGUCUGAGUCUUUGACACCUGGGAAGAACGAGUGGAAAAAAAAGUUGAAGAAUUUCCGAAGAUGAUGUGUUCAUCGAAGAAGUGACCACCAAAUUCGUGUCCGACAAAUAUGAGCGGUGAAGGAGAAAAUCAUCAUCAUUAGUCGCUGAAACAACCAAAGAAGCAAAAAAGAAGAAAAUAACAGAGGAAAACAAAGUAUAGUGCGACCAAGAGUGCACUUUAGAGUGCAGUUUCAAUAACGGUCGAAUCGUUUAAGGAAAAGUGAGUGAAGUGUGUGUGUUUGUGAGUGGUCUGCCACGUGGAGAGCGCCGAAAGUCGUUAGAGCCUACUACGAUUUGACGAAAGAAGGUGGUCGUAGUGGCUGGCACUUAAGUGUACUAAUGCUGACUUCACCUGAUCGUGGUGAUUGUUUUGUGAUUGAAGGAUAAUUAGCCGGAGAUUUGCUGGCAGAAGCGAAAAUAUCUGAAGAAAGCGAUCCCGCAGACCCCCCCAAACCUUCAACGAUGCGCAGUGAACCGCCGGCCGACCUCCCACCGCAACGCCCAUAACACCCCGUAACGCACGCACGCAAUGGAAACCAUCAAAACGCUGCUGCUGCAGUCGACCCCCUCCGCCGGAGGUGUCCCCCCACCACCACCGUCCAGCAGCAGCUGCAGUCCCAACAAUGACGACCUGCUCAUCAGCGAGCCCGACUUUAUCCCGCCCCUCCCCAAAACGAAGCAACCGCCGGUCAUCGUGGGGGUCGCCGUCAAGCGGACCCUGCUCCGCGGGGAGGUCCCACCGCCGCCAGCUAGCCAGAUCGAUAUCCUGGAGCAGUGGCACAGCGACAUCUUCGACUACCCGAAGAAGGACGGGAACGACUGCAACAACAACAAUGGCGAGGUUGUUGGGGUAGAUAACGAUGGGGUUGAUUUGAUUGAUUUCAGCACGGAGAUUGAGGCGAGUCCGGUGCAGAACGUGGCGAAGCCGAAAGUGAAAAAGGUAACGUUCUUGCUGGAGGAGGAGGAGGAUGAUGGGGAUGGGGAGGAGGAGGAGGAGGACGAAUGUGUAACAAAAGAAGGUGAAUGGGAUGUAAGUGAUACCGUUGAGGUGUGGGAGGAGGAGGAGGAGGAGGAGGUCGGGAGACCUGCUGGUAAUGAAAUAUCAACAGAGACUAUGCAAACAGAUGACAUUGUUUCUAUCGGUGACGAUGAAGACGUGGGGAAGGACUCGGUCCAGUGCGCAUGCUCGACUCUCGAUGACGGUCGUCGCGACUGCCAGCAUCUUGCUGCGAGAGGAGGCUGGGAUGAUGUGCCAAAAUCAGUGGUCGACCCCCGCGCCAGCGGGGACAGGUCUGCCGUACCGACGGCCAGUUCCAGCACCAACACACUGACGGAGCUGCUGGUGCUGGUGAAUUCCGAUACAGCACCACGACGGAACGGAGAGAGGAAAAUCGACGAACUGGAGAGAAGUGCAAGCAGGCAGAACGCAUGUGCAGAAGCUGGCAACGCUGGCCGGAGGAGGAGGUUGGCCAGUGAAUCGAUCGAUGCCACCGUGAACGGAAAGGACCCGUCGUCGUCGUUGCUGCUUGUUGACAUCGGUGAGGAGGACGCUGGCAGCACUGGCGCCGUGACCCGAACUCCCAAACCCGAAGCGGAGCGGAGAAUCGACGAAACGGCUCACGGCCAGCACAGUCCGCGACCGUGCGCCAAACAAGUAGAAAAUGUUGUAACGGCAGCACCUCCGAGCAGGUCCGUGGAACAACAGCUGGAACAACUUGAACAACGGCAGCACGAAUCGCUCCAGUUGUGUGAAAAAUCGAUCCAAGUGCCGUCGCCAUCCCGUCGUCCGGAACAGCCUCGCGGAAGCGCCCCAGCGACCUCGUCGGACAGUGAGAGUGAAAACUAUUAUGGCACCUGUUCUCCGUCGCCACCGCCCCCGGUAGUGCCCCCCAGCCAGGGUGGGAUUCCGCCACCGACCCAGUCGUACGGGCUGAACGUGGAAGUGACCCUCAACGCGCACAUCAGUGUGCAUGGAUUAAGUGAGUUUGGAUUUUUCGCGGCGGAACGCGGCGCUGAAGACCCGUCCGGUGGAGGUCAGACGGAGAAGGUUCUGCGGGACAGUGCCACCAACACUGGGGGGAACAACAACGUGACUCCGUCGAGUGCGGACAGUGGAAUUAUUAUCAUCGACGAUGACGGCGAUGAGUGUGGUGUUCAGGAAGCUCCGGAAUCGCAGGAAGUGGUGGUGAUUGAAGAUUGCUUCGAGCGGAAGCAGCAGCUCGAGUGUCGGGACCAGGAUACCCAGACGUUGAACGGAAGUUUUCCUCAGAAGAAUACCAGUGAAAUCAGUGUGCAAGUGUGUGCAAAUGGCGAUUCUGACCUACGACUCGACGAUUCUAGUGUGAGUGAGUCGGAAAUAGACGAACGGAAGGAUCUGCGCUUCCUGACCAAGAACACGGACCAGUAUCUGCGACCUCCGCUGAACUUUCUCAGCGAGAAGCACGAGUGUUUUGAGGCCAGCAAUCGGCUGAAACGCCUCGAAGAACGGUUCCGCGGAUUUGCCUACACGAAAAAGCUAUUACGUGAAUCCGCUGCCAACAAUUCCAACGGUGGGGGGCAGAACCUUUCGUCCUCGCUGAGCUCCCUGUCGACGUUGCUGGCAGAUUGUACCACCAACACUAGCGCAGCCUCCCAAAAACAGCCAGCAUCGUCAUCGUCAUCGACGGCCAUCGAUGCUGUCAGCUCCCAAACUGACAGCACCUUCGUGCCAUCGUGGAAAACAUCCUCGCUCAGCUGCCUCCAAAGUAGUCCCGACAACGAUGUCCGUCUGAAUCACGUGGUUCCCAAGCCAGCGCCAGUUCUACCACCGUUGACAUCCUCCCUGCUCUCCCUGUCCGCGUCCUCUCUGCUCUCCCUCUCCUGCCUUGACCAACAACGUCAACAGCAGAAGCCCCAGCAGGACGACUGCUCCCAAACAACCCAAAACAAUAAACCCAACACCCCCCGUAACCACCUUUCCAAAGCAUCCUCCCUGCCCUCGCUCCUACCCCAGUACCUCUUCCCAGCACCCCCAACCCGAACCCCACCAAAACCACCCCAACUCCCAGAACAAGUUCCGGAAGAAGACCCCCCAAAACCCUUCCGACCACCCCUCGCCACCCCGGAAUCGAGCGUAGCCUCCGAGGAGAUCUGCACCAUCUUCCCCGGUGGAAAACCUCGCGUCCAAGACCCCCUAGAAGUGCUCGAACCCACCCAACUAUCCGAAGACUCCGACGAAGAGGAAGAAGACCCCGACUGUGAAGAAUUCCUCAACCUCGAGAAGCUCCUCGCGGCGGAUCCGCACACCAACUGCGAGUUCGACACGCGCCACUUUGCCCAGUACGAACCGCAGGUCUACCAGAUCAAGUACUGCUAUGACGAGCUCGAGGAGGAGCUAGAGGGCGAGUCGGCGACGAGCGUCGGCGGGCUGCUGAUCGGUCCGCCCGAAAGUGUCAGUGUUUUGAGUGCAACGAAUCGUGAAGAAAACGAAGAAGACGGGUGCGCGUGUGUGAUCGAGGCCGUACCGAUCUAUCGUACGUUACCGCUGGUCGAGAUGCGCGAAACGACGGGGACCCUGCGGGGUCUGCUGAAGAAGCCAAAUAGGCCCCCACCGGUGCGGAAGAACCGGGUAGUGUUUGACGAGACGCGCAACGAGUUCUUCGAGGCGGACUACAUCAUCCUGAUCCGGGAGGAUUGCCCGUACGACGAGGAGGACGAGGAACCGUGCACCUGCGGCGAACACGAGCUCGUUCGAAUAUGUUGUGACGAAGGCUGCAACUGCGGGUACACGACGGCGGCACCGGCGGACGACGGGCGGACGCCACCGAGUCCCAAGUUUGCCCCGCCCAUGGAGUUUGUCGACCAGGCCACUCUGAGUCCCCCCGAGGGGUACAAGGACGGCAGUGGGCUGCUGGACAACGCGCUCGGGGGCGCCCUCGGCGGGCACGUCUUCGGUGCACAACAUAUUCAGCAGCUCCAAGUUAUCCAGCGGCUACAGCAGCAACGGGCGGCCAUGUUGGCCGCACGGGCUGCUGCUGGCCAGCAGGGACAACAAACGGGCAGCACUCAGACCUCGUCCGGCGGCGGCGGAACCGGGGCAAGUCCCGCGGCGACAGCGGCAGCAACAGGCCAACCAGCGGCGGCGGCGGCCACGACGACGACGAUUCAGCAGCAACCUCAGACAAGUCCUCAGCAGCAGACCGUUUGUACCGAAUGUGCCGAGUGUGCGGAAUGUGCCGCCAAGCAGUUGCACGAUGAAGAGUGCGACUCGCAAUGUUCGGACGACAUUUCGCCGAUGAUGGAACCGCCGCUGCCCCCGCACGCCACCCUGCCGAUCGCGCUGGUUCCGCUGCAAAAGUCCUCGCCGGAGCGGCGGAUCACCCAGAAGGAGAUUAUCGCCGGCGAGGAGCGGCCCAAGUUCCUCACCAUCAAGCAGGUCCAGGACGCGGCCCAAGCAGGAUCGAACGAGGCCGGCUCCACGGCGGUCCCGCCCUCCAGCAACGCGGACCUGCGAACGCUCCAGCAACAACAACAGAAGCAGCUGGCCCAGCAGCUGCAGCGGCAACAGUCCCAGGAUGGUGGCCAACCGCCGCCAACCGGGGCGACACCUGCCGGUGGCCAUUAUGAAAUCGGUGGAAAGCACAAGCCAUUAAGCACGGCCCAGGCGAUAAGUGGCAUCCUGAAGGGUGGCAAGCUGUGGAAGAACGAGCAGCAACCGGGCCAAAGCCAGCAACAGCAGCAGCAGAUGCAGCAACAACAACAACAGCUACAACAGCAGCAGCACAAUCAACAGCAGCAGUCGGCGGCGCAGCACGAGGACUCCACGAACGUCACGUCGGACGAGGAAACGAGUUCGAAGCGGUCGGUCCGCUUCACCGAAGAGUCCACCAUCCGGGACGGCUGCUGCGACGGCGAGGUCCAGUCCGGGCUGGGCGAAGGCGAAAUGGGCUCCGGCAAGCCCAUCAACUACAUGUCCGACACGCUCAAACGGCACUCCUCAGGUCUGUUCCACAACGCGCUGCGACCAAACUCGGCCGUCCGGCAGCUCUUCCCCCAGUCACUCACGUCCGCCGGAGCGGUGGCGGCCACGGUAAUGACCGCAACCACGACGAUGGCCACGAUGGGAGCGAUGCCGGGUGCGGUGUGCACGACCAGCGCCGGUGCGGCCCCGGGUGGCCAUCCGACGGCACUGACGCAGGAAGCGCUGAAGGCGUUCGACGACUCGAAGAAGGCCACGCUGGUCCACCAGCACAGCAUCACCAGCAAUAGCAGCAGCUGUAACAUUCCGGCGUGCAACUCGACGGCGAACUCGGUCACCGGAGCGGGCGGAAGUCCGGGGGGUCCUGGGGAGACGGACACCAUCCGGAGGACGAUCGAGCGGAACGCGCUGCGGCGGUCACUCAUCAAGUAUGAACCAAAGAAAAAGAUCCCCGUCAAGGACGUGACCUCGCUGGAGGAGCGAAUCCGUCAGUUGACGUGCGACAUCGACGAGCCGAUUGACGAGGGCGCCGACGGCAACGAGGGCGACCUGAGCGAGCUGGAACGGCGGGACAGCCCGGCCGGCGAGGAGAACCCCCAGCAGCCCAAGUACAUCCCGGACAAGAGCUUCUCGCCGAGUUCGUCGGCGUCGAGCUCGUCGAGCGGGUCGAACGGGUCGACGUACAAGAAGAUCACCGACCUGUUCCACCGGGACCGGCGGCAGGAGAAGAUCCCGGAGGCGGACGAGAAUCCGAUCGUGAUCAUUCCGCAGGUGAGUUGGGACUGCCGUUGUCCGGCUGGUCCUGACAUUGGCAUGGGCGUACAGAUCCAGGGCGGACACACACAGAUUCAUCAGCCACCGCAGCAGCGCCAGGCCGACUCGCGGCGCCAGUUCCUCUCGACGUUGGCCCCGCUGACGGCGUGCGUCGCCGGUCAACGGGACGACCUGUCGUACUACACGUUGGCCCAUCCGGGCGAUCGGAACUCGCUGGGAAGUUCGCAGUGUACCGAGUACAGCCUCGGGGACAUUGACGCAGCGCUGCACGACGACGACGGCAAGAAGGUGGCGCCGGAUGUGAUUGCCGGAACGCCGGGCCAGGAGUCGGACGAGCUUGCGGCGUUUGUCCAGCAGGAGGGCGCUCGCACCGAGCGACUGAAGAAACGGUACAGCACGGAGACGUCCACGUCGGCACCCGCGUCCGGGGCAGGGUCGGACGACGACGAGCACAACGACUACGGGUUCAACUCGCGGCCCUCGGUGCGGGGCAUCAAACCGCGGUUCGGAUCGACCAACGAAAUCCUGCAGCAGAUGCAGGCCCAGCUGGCCGCGCCGGCCGCACCACCGCCAAAAUCCUCAUCCAGCGUGGCCAACGCCCCGACCCAGCCCAUCCAGUCGAACACACUCCCGCGGCCACACACCUCCAGCAGUUUACAGCUGGCGGCGGCCAAGCAGCAAAUCACCACCCACCAGCACACGGCCUCGUGGAGUUACUACCCGGUCGACAACGGCACCGGCGGCGGCGCCCAAUCCAAGGCCGUCGCUACCGUCGCGGCCGGCACCAACAUGGUCACCGCCGUCGAUCCGCACGGCAACUACUACCACAUCCCGGCCCAGGCCCGCCACAGCUACCACGGCCAGGAGGCGAUCUACCAGAACUGUGCCCAACUCCCGGCCGGCAACAUCCAGGCCAACACGGUGCACGUGCAGUCGCAGCAGAUUCACACCCAGCACCACGCCGUCCACCACAUCCAUCCGGUGGCGGCGGCCGGCGGAGUGAUGCCCGGCAAUCCGGUCGCAGCAGCGGCGGCGGCGGCCGCGUACGGCAAGUUCGCGCGCAGUCCAACGCGAAGGCCGGAAUCGCCGCCGCCGCUGCGCAACUACCACCAGACGAUGGUGCUGAUCCCGUACAACGCCGAAACGUACCAGCGGUACACGGCCCAGGAGCAGGAGAACUACCGCCGGCAGCACAAUAUCGUUGAGUAUCAACAGGUCACCCAGCAGACGAUCCGCGUCCCCGUCGGCUAUCCGCUGCCCGGCAUGCAGCUGCACGUGGUCGCCGGCCGAGGUGCCCUUCCGCCCCACUACUCCACCCUGCCCCGGCUCGGCAGCAGCAGCAGCAGUUCCGGCACCUCCGGCAGCAUUGCGGCGGCCACCUCGGCCGCUUCAACCAACUCCGGUCCACCGCCGCUGCCUCCACCGCAGGGAAAACCACCGGCCUACAGUCAGUACGCGUCGCAGCAACCUCCGCCCCUGCAGGAGAAACCGCCGGGCCUGGUCAAGUUCACCGGCGAGCGGGGAGCCCCCGAGGGUGCGGCCAGCGUUCAACCGGCGGAUGCCGCCAGCAUGCUUUCGCCAACCUCCGCCGGUCACGGACCACCAACGUUGGGCGCCGGCGCCUCUUCCGCCCAAGGUGGGGCUGGCGCUGCGCCCUCUCAACAGGGUGCGGUCUUUUACGCCAUGAACGUCUGACACGGCGAUUAGAUAAAUGUCACGAUACGAAUUGAGCAGCAGCAACAGCAACAAGUUGAAUCUACUAGCUUUACUACCGGUAGCGAAACAACACAAUAAUCAUAGUCAUGUAGCAUAGCUGAAGCAGCAGCAGCAUCAAGUGGCCUGGAGUAGACACCCUGUCCCGAAGAAAAAGAUCGCCGAGAAGGAGCAAGACACCAAGUAAAACAACGACGUUGUCCCUUCCGCGUAGAGUCCACCGCUCAACUGUAGUUAUUCAACACGGCUCAAAACACGCUCUCUCUCAUCUCAUCUCAAGCGACGGGUCAGCAACUGAUCUUGAUCGCGCGGGAACCCAAUUGAACUGAGCUUUCUCUACCCCUUUUUCUCUAGUUAUCCUAUCGUUGAAACGAAAAAGUUUAUGUUUAGUUGGCACCCUGUUCACUGUUGUAAAUAUGUGCACUGUCUCUGUCUAUGUUGGUUAUUAGGUUUUAAAAAAUGGCGGAUAUUCCACGAAAGGAGGAAUGUAAAAA